AUGGCCGAUUCGCCAAACCCGACAAUGUUGGCUCCGCCUGCCGUUGUCGCUUUGAAAGAGGAGGCGGUCGGAACAAAGGACACCGCAUACAGAGGUACCAUGGAAAGGACUGUCAGCAUGGACAUCAGAGAAGAACGCGAAGACCUCAAAAGAGCCGCAGAACAGUCGCUCAACGCAAUCAUGGACCUCAAUUUGGAUGGAACCAUUCGCUGGGCGAGCCCCUCUUGGAAGGAUCUCAGCGGAGUUGACCCGGAGUCGAUAGUCGGAAAGACCAUGUCUGAUAUCAUUGUCGACCACAAGAACAUAUUCACAGAUGCCAUUGCUCUUAUGAAGAAUGACGAUACAAAGAGCCGCAUCAUUCGCUUCGCAAUUGCAUACCAACUACCUGUUGGUGCGAGUCCUGAAGUCACUAUCGAGAGCCCACAUGCUGAACCGGUGGCUUUCGACACUCAUCCCGAGGAUCAAGACAGCCACCAACAUCUCGUAAACCUUGAGGCUCAAGGCAUCAUGGUCUACGAAAGGGCCACUGGGGAGGAGAGUCAUACAAUGUGGAUGAUCAAGCCUGCAGUCCAUCGCGAGAUAACUAUCGACCUCCCAGACGUCCUUGCAGAGUCCUUAGGAAUUGGUGCUCAUGUGUUGGCGCAAUAUUUGACCCAUUUGGCCGAGAUCGGCAGUGACGACCCAGCUGAUCAUCCACCCCCGCCUCCAGUACUAUGCCGUAUUUGCGAGCGUCAAAUCACCCCGUGGUGGUUCGAAAAGCAUACCGAGUUAUGCAUGCAGGAGCAUAAAGCAGAGAUGGAUGUUCAGAUCGCCCAGGAAAACUUAACCGAGCACCGUGCUGCCAUUGUCAAAGUUCUAGAUGCCUUGGAAGCACAAACUCGCCAUUCUCGCCCUGGACCCCAUGACUCGGGCUCUCCCUUACCCACUCCAUUGUGUGAUUACAAAGGACAUCCAAUUGGACCUGCUUCUCAGCCUUCAUCAGGGCCAUCAUCUGGUCGUGCAUCACCUGCUGGUCCUCAACUGAAAGCACGGAGUUCUUCUCGAUCUGGUUUGAACCAUCAAAGAGCCCGCUCUUUUGCUGUCAGACGUCCUCUGGCCCGUGUCGUUGAGCUCAUCCUCGAUCUUUGUGACACUGCUCUGGAAAUCAGCCCACCAGCUGUCAAAGAUAGCACUCAGGAUGGCGAGAUAAGGACUCAAUCACCCCAGUCUGAAGGUAGAAUAUCACAGGUAUUGCAAUGGCAGCCUCCAAACACGAGUACCGUGGAUAACGAACUCGGUCUCGCGCUGCUUGCUGAGGACACUUCAGGCUUUUGCAAAGCCAAAGUUGAAGCCAUUUUCCGCCACCGACGUAUAUUGGAGUAUUCUGAGCGCCUUCGCAUCGAGUUUCACAUACUUGUACAGGAGUGCAUCGACGAGGCUGUGGCCAAGGCUGCACGCAUAGCCAAUGGCGAACUUAGUGACUCCAGCGAAUCAUCCUCUUCUGUUGACAUGGAGAACGAGGAAGAAUAUGAGAAUGAAGAUCAAGACAAGUUCAGUCAGAUUGGAGAUGCCAUGUCUGAUAUAGAUGGCCCACCUCCACGCCUGCCUGAAGGUAUGCAGGAGGACUUCUCUAUCAACCCAUAUGGAUCACCUCUCGCGCCAUCAGCCAUGACUAUGGCACUACGUAACAUUCCAGAAGCAUCGUCGUACCGAAGACCCUCAUCAACUGGCGAAUCUUCGCGUUCGAACAGUCCUCAUGGUGCUCGAACGCCGCGAUCAUACGGAAGUGCUCUCAGUACUUUGAUCCACCAGAAGAGAGCAGCGAUGCUAGCACCUGAGAGCGAUGCUGGUGCAGAGAGUGACAGCAGCGUUCGUUCUUCUUUGGCUUCGAUACCUGUGCGGACCGACUCACCAGCUCCUGAGUUGAGCCUGAGUCGGGUCACCAGUACCCGUGAACACAAACGAAGGAGUCUUGUGCUUCCCAGUCUGGCGAACAACAGCAGACAGCAAUCUCCUACUCGAAGCAUCGCACCUUCUUCGCCUCUACGAGUCGCUAAGCCACGAGUACCAAGUGGUGGAGAUCCUGUUCCUUCACCUCUUACGUCUCCAAUACUCUCUCAUGAUCACCAUUUCCAUUCUCCCAUUCUGCGAGCUCAGUCAUUGCAUCACCACCACCAUCGACGUCAAUCUUCUGCGACACAGUAUUCUGAAUCAUACCGUCCACCUUCUUCACCAAGGCUAAGUGCUGUCAGCAGCAAUCCACAGCCCAAGGCGGUACAAACCUCUAUUAAGGACUUCGAAAUUAUCAAGCCUAUCAGCAAAGGUGCCUUUGGUAGCGUUUAUCUCGCAAAGAAGAAAGUCACGGGAGAUUACUACGCAAUCAAAGUUCUCAAGAAGGCUGAUAUGGUGGCCAAAAACCAAGUCACCAAUGUCAAGGCUGAAAGAGCAAUCAUGAUGUGGCAAGGCGAGAGCGAUUUUGUCGCCAAACUCUACUGGACUUUUGCCAGCAAAGACUAUCUGUAUCUCGUUAUGGAAUACUUGAAUGGAGGUGAUUGCGCUUCUUUGGUCAAAACACUGGGUGGUUUACCUGAAGACUGGGCAAAGAAAUAUCUGGCUGAAGUUGUUCUGGGAGUACAGCAUUUACAUGACAGGCAGAUUGUUCAUCGCGAUCUGAAGCCAGACAAUCUUCUCAUCGACCAGAAAGGUCAUCUGAAGCUCACAGAUUUUGGUCUUUCACGAAUGGGACUUAUCGGGCGUCAGAAGAGAAUGCAAAACAACAAGGUUGGCGAUGCACCAGAUUUGCUCAAGCUGGGCAAACGAGCACCGUCUAUUGAGUCGUCACGCUCUACCUCCUUCGACUUCAACGGUGGCCAGUCUCCAGCUCCUACGCCAGGACUGACACCCGCUCUGGCCGGAGAGCUUGGCCAGCCAUCUUACUUCAGUCUGACGAAGGGAGACUCUCGUGAACCUUCACGACGAACAUCUGGCCAACGUAGCGACAGUGGAGAAAGCGACGCUUUGGCAAAUAUGUUCCGGCGCUUCUCCAUUGUAGAUGAAUCUUCUAGCUACCAGAGGCGUACACCAAUCGAAGAAGAGACCGCUAGCGAAGGUGAAUCACCAGAGCCAUACGCUCUGCAGCCUGUUCUGAGCCACAUGAGUGGUCUUGGCACCCCUCCUGGCCAAUCUGGUAUGCUGCCGCCACCGAUGGCUUUGUUUGACCCCGAUGACAGUUCACGGAGAUUCGUUGGUACACCAGACUACCUCGCUCCAGAAACAAUCAAUGGAAGUGGUCAAGAUGAAAUGAGUGAUUGGUGGUCAUUGGGUUGCAUUCUCUUUGAGUGCUUGUAUGGCUACCCACCAUUCCACGCAGACACUCCCGACCAGGUAUUCCAAAACAUCCUCGAUCGUAAAAUUGACUGGCCCGAAGAUGAGGAAUGCGCCUCAACGCCAGAAGCCAAGGACCUCAUGAACAGACUUAUGUGCUCGGACCCCAAGGAGAGACUAGGAUCCAACAAUGAUGAAAAGUUUGCAAAUGGUGGAGAAGAGAUCAAAGCCCAUCCAUGGUUUGCUGAUGUCGAGUGGGACACACUUCGAGAAGAGGAAGCAUCCUUCAUCCCUGCACCGGCUAAUCCUGAAGAUACGGAGUAUUUCGACUCCCGAGGUGCUACGUUACAAAACUUCAGAGCAGAGUUUGAGGACCAGGUUUCAUCGCCAGCCAAUACUCCUGGCGCCGAUUAUCCAGAACGACCGCAUGACGCCUUGUCCAGGGUUAGAAACCAGGUCAACUCGAUCAAACGAGGGUUGAUGCCAUUGCAUAUACCUCCACACGUUAGAGACGGUCGCAGCAGAAGGUUAAGCGAACCCGUUGCAGCGGAUGACUUUGGCAACUUCCAAUUCAAAAACCUCCCUGUUUUGGAGAAAGCAAACAAGGAUGUCAUCCAGAAACUUCGUGCUGAAGCAAUGCAAGCCCAGAGCAAGGUAGCUCAAGGUCUCGCAUCUCCAUCGCCAGUGGUUGUCUCGCCUUCUCCAUCUGUCGAAUCGAGUCCAGUGGGACCGGCGCCACUAAAACGCACGCUUUCAUCAAACAAGGGAGCUAACAGACCUGCUUCACCCUCACUUCUAAGCAAGACAAACUCGUCCCCAAGCAGAGGCUCACAGCCGUCAUCUCCUUUGUUGGUGUCUUUCAGUGCAGGAGGUCAUCACGAACGCAGGAAAACAUCGACCUCUUCGUCUUUGGCUCAGCAAAUCAGCAGCUUGCAUGGCACCAGUAAUUUGCUAGAUGCUCCGAAUCUGCCAGCUGGAUUCAAAUCUCUCUCCGCAGCUUCAUCUCCAAUCAAGAUUCCAAAGAGUUUGAACGGGCAACAAAGCUACAUGCCAGAGAAAUCUUCGCUACCCAACGGGAGAAGAGGCAGUAUCUCGUCACCACGACAGCGUUCACAUACUAUUGGCUCUCAAGAUGAUGACAUGCCGCCAGGACCAAUCUCUCAAUACAAGCGAAGGAGUAUGGCGUUUGACGCCUCACCCUCAUCUUCAGACAAUGAAGACCAACGGGCAAAGGCUUUAUUGCGAGUUCAACGCCGGAGGCAGAGCACCCGCAGACUAUCUCAAAUUACGUUGGCCGAUGGACCUGCAUUCCGACCCUUGGACGUGUUGAUCUGUGAGGACCAUCCUGUAUCACGCCUUGUCAUGGAGAGACUGCUUGAGAAGCUUCGCUGUCGCACAAUCUCUGUACAAGAUGGUUCUGAAGCAAUGCGUUAUGCUAUGAGUGAAGUCAAGUUCGACAUCAUCAUGAUGGAGUUCAAGUUGCCUCAGAUCAACGGAGCAGACGUGGCACGCAUGAUACGAGAUACUAAGAAUGCAAAUUCGCAUACUCCAAUCGUAGCCGUCACAGGCUAUCUCAAGGAUUUACAAGCACCACACUAUUUCGACGCAUUGAUUGAGAAACCUCCGGACACAGCCAAACUGAUCGAGGUCAUGAGCAGACUCUGCCAAUGGAAGCCACCUCCGCCGGGAUGGACACCAGCACAGUUACCUAUGAUGCCAUCUUCCAGUCUGCGUCGGGAAUCACCUCUGACAGAGGAGAGCCCAACAACUAGUUCGAUAUCUGGGUAUGGAAUGCUCACCAAUAGUUUCCGUGGGUCGAGCAGAGAAGACUCAAUAGGAUCGAGUUCGAUACCCGAGACAGGCAGUCCGUAUGAUUCGAUUCCAGUCAUCAUCAGUAGACACACAAAUGACUGGCAGGAUUCCGAACUUGAGCGCCAGUUCGGCGGCCUAGGGAUCAGUCCAGAGGAAGUGGUACACGCGAGGACGAAGCCUCCGCCAGAGUCUAAGAUGCCGGCGUUGGCAGAACAGAUAUCUGCACCAGGGCAAUUGGAGAGCCAGCGUGAAGUAUCGCCUCGCAAGAAACGAUCAUCAGAAUCAAUCGAAGCUCGCAANAAGUCUCUUGAAAAGGGCAGACACGAAUGCGCAGAAUCUGGAGACGACGAAGACGAAGAGCUAGGCAAUGCUCAAAUCCGAGCACGAUCACCCAAGUCUAAGACACGAGGGGCAUCGAAGCUAGGAACUGAGAUGUUGCGCACGAAUUCCCAAGGCAGCGUUGUGUCGAAUGAAGAAGUCAUGGCAACGCAGAACCUCAAAGCGACGGCGUCACUUACAGGCAACGAGGAAGCGGCAAUUGAAGAGGAGGGAGCUACGUUGACGCCGCCAGAGUUGUUCUUGCCACGCGGUCUCAAUGCCGUGGACUCGGACAGGACGCCACGGCCACACUACACAAGUGACCCCGAUCCUGACCCGACACCACGUGCCUCUACAUCGCCGACACGGAAGGAAUGA